AUGUUCACAACUGAUGUGAUCACGUUGAAUCAUCCAGAAGAAAUGGUACUCACAGCUUUGAGGUUUUAUGCAAGUGGAAGUUACCAACAGGAUAUAGGUGAGCAUAGAGGUGCAGCACUAAGUCAAGCAUCGGUCAGCAGGUGUCUAACAGAAGUAACUGAAGCUUUGAAUAAUUAUCAGAUUAUGAACAAGUAUAUUCAUUUUCCUGCUAAUAUGUUAGAACUCAAUAUUGUUCGUCGAGGGUUUUAUGACAAGUAUUCAAUUCCUGGAAUUGUUGGAGUUGUAGACGGAACACACAUAGCUAUUGUUCCUCCAAAUUCAGAAGAUGAACUUUACCCAGAGCAUAUAUAUGUCAACCGAAAAGGUUAUCAUAGUAUUAAUACUCAACUAAUAUGUGACUCAGAUUUAAAAAUAUUGAAUGUAUGCUCUAAGUUCCCGGGAAGUGUUCAUGAUAGCCACAUAUGGCGUUUAAGUGUGGUGCAAGAGUUAUUACAACAUUUACAUUCAAUUGGACAAACAUCAUAUUUUAUGCUUGGUGAUUCAGGGUAUGGGCUUAGACCAUGGUUGAUGACACCAAUAUAUGAACCACAGGAAAAUAGUUCAGAAGCUCGGUACAAUAAGUGGUUCUGUAAAACCAGGUCAAUAAUCGAGCGUUGCAAUGGUGUGCUGAAAAUGCGCUUUAGAUGUCUUCUUAAACAUAGAGUUUUGCAUUACUCACCACCAAAGGCGGCUAGUAUUAUUAACGCUUGUGUCAUAUUGCACAAUAUUUGUAUAACAAAUAAAUUACCAUUAGUAAAUAUCGAUGAAAGGGAAGAUAUUGAUUUGGGCAUAAUUAAUGAUUUACCAGUAAAUAACAAUGUGAAUCAAAUUAAUCCAGAACUUACAGCAGGAAAAAGAUACCAAAAACAAAUUAUUAAUAGAUACUUUCAAUAA